AAUCCUUUGUAUAAUAGAAGUAGAUGUACAGUAAGAUUGGAUACAGGCUUAGGUGCAUGGUUUGAUAUUAUGACUGGAGUUAGACAAGGAUGUUUAUCACCAAUUCUCCUUGUAUUAGCAAAAAUUGGACUGAAAGUAAAUGCAGAGAAAACAAAGAUUAGGAAGGUAGGAAAUGGAACAACAGAUGCAAAUGUGUAUGUGGAUGGAAAAGAAAUGGAAGAAGGUGGAAAAGUUUUGCUAUCUGGGGAGCGUGAUGACCUUUGAAGAUGGCUGCAAUAAAGCGAUUCAGACAAGAUUAGGAAAAGCAAACAGCACUUUUGGAAGGGUGAACACCAUCUGCUCAAAGAGAGGUCUCCCCACUAAACUGAAGGUUAAACUAUACCCUGCGAUUGUACUGAGCUUGCUACUGUACAGAGCAAAGAUUUGGCUGAUGGUGGUGACUAACAGGAUGAGACUGGAAGCUGCACAUUACAUAUGGCUGAGGAAGAUACUGUGCUUUUCAUGGAAAGAGAAAAUAACAAAUGUGAGAAAAGGGGCACUGACAGAACAGAACAUGUUAAAAAUUUUAGCAGAGAAAGAGAGCUCAGAUGGUUGGGACAUGUACUUUGCAUGGAAGAUGGGAGACUUGCUAAGCAGCAUUAAAUUGCAUACCUAAAGGAAGGAAGAGAAAACGAGGAAGGCCAAGAAAGAGCUGGCAGAAGAGAGUGAGAGGAUAUUGAAUGAGCUGGCAUUAUCUAGGAAGAAGAAGAAGAACAAAUUAAUUUGUUAGUCUCUAAGGUGCCACAAGUACUCCUUUUCUUUUUGCGAAUACAGACUAACACGGCUGCUACUCUGAAACCUACAACUAGUGAGUAACUGUGAUCGCUGGAGGAACUAGACUGCCUGAUAUGUCACCGAUACGAGGAACUCAAGUUUAAGUAGUAUCUACAAAGGACCUGUCUUGGAUGGUAGACUAUCUAAUCAACCCAGGCAGUACAUGCCAUACUACAACACUUCCUGCCCUUGUGCGCACACCGACUCUGAUGAUGCAGCCUUCGCUGGAUAUCAAGCCCUUUAUGUCCUUUCCUGUGGACAGUAGUUCUGCUGUUGGACUCUUCCCAAAUUUUAACACAAUGGAUCCUGUGCAAAAAGCAGUCAUAAACCACACAUUUGGAGUAUCCAUUCCCCCAAAGAAGAAACAAGUUAUUUCCUGUAAUGUCUGUCAGCUUCGCUUUAACUCUGAUCCCAUCUGGAGAGCUGCAUUCCUCAGGAACUCUUGUUGGCAGAGCCUACAGAACGUGUACAUGAAGGGGAUCAAGCCAUCUCUGCACCUAUGGGAUUUGCUUCUGCAGAAUAUUAGGAUAACCACGGACUCUUCAUCAUCAAAUCAAAAUAGCCAGGCCGAGGCCCACUACAAAGGAAGUAAACAUGCCAAGAAGGUCAAAGCAUUAGAGGCAACGAAAAAUAAACCAAAAGCUGGUUCUUCCAAGGACAGCGCAAAGGCUAACACAAGCUGCUCUGCCACACCAGUCACAGCCAACAUCUCUGACAAAUCAGAAGAUAAAGGGAAAGCGAAAACCAGUGGUUCUAGUCAGCCUUCAAAUACUGAAGUGGGCCUGUUCUUUCCUAAACCUGGAGCUAUAACAUUAGCACCUAUAAUAUCAACAUCAUCCUCUAACAGCACAAAUGGAGCAACUAGCACAGUUUCUGAAUCAGAAGAGGAAAAAGCCAAAAAACUACUUUACUGUUCACUAUGCAAAGUGGCUGUGAACUCCCUAUCACAGCUAGAAGCACACAACACAGGUUCCAAACACAAGACAAUGGUGGAAGCUCGGAAUGGUGCAGGUCCAAUUAAAUCUUACCCUAGACUUGGAUCCAGGCUGAAGAUUCAGAAUGGCAGUAAGGGCUCAGGACUGCAGAACAAGACAUUUCAUUGUGAAAUCUGUGAUGUCCAUGUCAAUUCAGAAAUUCAGCUUAAACAGCACAUUUCCAGCAGAAGGCACAAGGACAGAGUGGCAGGGAAGCCUAUGAAACCUAAAUAUAGCCCUUACAACAAACUUCAGCGCAGCCCAAGUAUUUUAGCAGCAAAACUUGCAUUCCAAAAAGAUAUGAUUAAGCCCUUAGCACCUGCUUUCCUUUCAUCUUCUCUUGCUGCGGCUGCAGCUGUGUCAUCAGCUCUGUCCCUCCCUCCCCGUCCUUCUGCCUCUUUGUUCCAGGCACCUGCAAUCCCACCAGCUCUCCUAAGGCCGGGCCACGGACCCAUACGUGCGACUCCUGCAUCGAUCCUUUUUGCACCAUACUAAUUUCGUAGUGAUAAUAAGAUAACUAUGGCCAGUAGAACGGGGAAAAAGGAAGCAAAGCAAGCAAGGAUUUGAUUUUAAAAUGUCUCUCUCUUUUAUAAUGUCAUGCAGUGUGACACCCCCCCAACAGUCACAGAAUUUUUCAUGAACAGGUACUGUAUUCUAGAAGCCUAGACAAUGUGUGUCUCUCUCUCUUUUUAAAUUCAAAUAAUUUGUCUAAGAAUGGUUUACCACAAGCUUAAUGGCUCAUAAAAAGCUAGCAUCAAGAUUCAUGCAUCUGUUUGUUGGUUGGGUUUUUUUUAAUAUGUAUAUGACGCACCUUGGAAACAAGGAACACAGAAUAUUUCCUGACUCACUUGAAAACUAGGGUCUUCCUCGCUCACACAUAUGUAAAUAGGUCCUGGAAUCCGACUGGGUAUAUUCUAGUGUGAAAAAAGGUAGAUUAACCAAGUGCUUAAUUGUGGAUAACAUCUUAAUAACCUAUUACAUCCUUUUCUUUUCAGUGCGCUCUUGUUGACAGGAAUUGUGUACUGUUUUAGACCACAGUACUGCUGUAACUUGUGUAGUACUAGAGAUGUAUUGCCUGUCUGAGUUAGACAUUUUUAGUUGCUGUGCAAAUGUUUGGAAGCAAUGCAGCUUUGAAGCGUUUUUUUUAAUUCAUGUAUUUCUCUUGUUUCAUGUUUUAGUUAGAAAGAUUAAAAAUAGAAAGCCAUAUAACAUAUAGUUAAGAUUACUACUUGUUUAAUAUUUUCAUUUUAACUUAUUUUGUAGUUUGCUCACUGGUGUUGCUAAGCAAUGUUAAACAUAAAAAAAAGCAAGCUUUUCAAUUGCACAUUACCACAGCUCACUUGCAUUGUUCAAGACACAAUGGGCCAUGUAUUUAUACGUAAAUAUUCUUUUUCUUCCUUUCUAAACUUGUUUCCUUUGUAACAAUGCUGCAUAAUGUUGUGGCUCCCUAAUGCAAUAAUGUACAGAACAUACAAUAUUUAUAAUUGACUGACUGACUGUCUUUUCUGUUUACUGACUAUAGUUCUGCCCUCCCUCGUCUCUUGUCCCUACCCCCUUUUAUAAAGGUAAUAUCAAUAUGCAGUACUCAGACUGAAGUCUUUGUGCGAUAUUGAGGGCAACAAGUAUAAUAAAGGAAUAAAAUAGAGUUAACUCUUCUAGAACAUCUUUAUCUGCAAUCCGUAAAUAGUAAAAUGUCUGUGUAUUUUUUUAAAUGUAUCUUUUCAAUAAAAUAACA